AAUGAAAACUAUGGUCCUUGUUUUGGCGAUAAAGAUCUUUGGAUGCAUAGUGACUUUAGUCAGUCCAAUAAUUGUAGUUCUGAACGAGAUGAUUACGAGAUCCAAAUCACAGAACAUAGAAAGUUCUCCGUUUCUGAAUAUGAAGUCUUUAAGAUUAUUAAAAAUUAA